AUCCUUGCAGUCACGAAAGCUUUAAAUCGAGAAGUUUACUGCAGUCCAAUCCAGUGUUCCAUCUUGCAGCAGGAGUAGUAGUUGGUGCUGCUAUCGCUUGUUAAUCAUUGAUCCUUUGAUAUCCUUUGAAGGCUAAAUGUCACGACAGGGUUGUUAAAUCGCGCAUAUAUAUUUGAGCCACUCAUCGAUUUGUUACGGUGUGCGGGAUGAGUGCCAAAAAUUUCGCAGGACGGCCAGAACUGCCAAAGGCUGAUGGUCACCAUGGGUGGGCUGGCUGUUUGUCUGGACAUUGGUAACCCCCCCCCCCCCAAACAUUGGAAAUCAACAAAACCUCCCAUUGUGCAAUUUUUGGACCCGGCAAAGCACCGCGUGCGUGUUUCAUUCAAAGUUUAAAUCGACAUUUGGCGAGGUCAGCAGAUCGAAAGCCAUGACAGAUCCGUGACUGUUCCGCUUAUUCUGCGAGCAAGCAAGGCACAACAAACAUCCAACCAAGCACUCAUCCAGCCUCAAAUCCUGCUUAGCUUCCAAGAUCUGAUGAGAUCGGGCAUGUAUCAGAUGAUUUGGUUACAGACUGAUGGUUUCAGGUGGAAUGAAUACGUACCUAUGGGUUGUGCUUCAUAAGGUAUUUAAAACGUAACAGGUUUAAUACACCACCUUAGCUGCUGCUGAAUGGUUCGAUUUUUUCUAAUACACAGAUCAAGCUACACACAGAAAUAUAUUUACGGCACAUUGGGAUCCUUGGAUGAAACGCACCUUAAAAAUGUAAAUUAUUAUUAAUAAUUAUUAAAACUGUGGCCAUGAGUUUGAAGUGCUUCUGAGAUAUCUUUACAGCCUCCUUUUAUCAAUCCACUGCUGGAUACAUGCCUCCCGACGCCUGUGUCAGACGUGAGCGUUUCGUGAUCACGCUCGCAUCUUCACGCUCAUCAGUGUGGCUGUUUAUUCUGCGAAGGUUUAGAUUUUAGCACAGACCUCAAAAUAGUUUCCUACAAUAGCAACUCGUGACUUGAGUUGGUCGGGGUCCAGAUUGCCUCAAGGGUCUGCUGUUUUACAAACAUAGCGCCAUUCAUUCUUUAAUUUCUCAACAGUAUCACGUUCAAUUUAAUGGCACCAUCUCCACGUGAUGCCUGACUCAAAGGAAUGGAUUAGACGCUAACCAGAGUCACGAGCUCUUCGCCAAUGCUGGUGAUCAACGCUGGUGGUCCCACAGCACUGACGUGGCACAAAAAAAACGAAUUCAGCCAUUCACAAUCUGCCGUUGGAUGAAGGCCAAGACACAUCGGUACAUAUUGGGGAUUUUUGUUUUUACAAGACUCCACCAGGCUGGUCCGUGCAGGUUUACGAAUGAAUGAGUGGUAGUAUAACGGGACAAAGAUCGGUUCUGAUAUUACGAGUCACUGAUGUUGGCCGUGGCUGGGUAUUGAACUAGGGUCACGCAGUUCAUAGGGCAGCACGUUAACCACCGCACCAUUGCUCCACCCCGUGACUUAUUAAUCUUUAAUCACAUUGGUAUUGUUUAAGCCUAUUUAAUACCCUCCUAUGGUUCAUCUACAGCUUUUCUGGAAUGUGCUAGGGUCUUUGUCCUUGAUUGUAAAAGUUGUUUAUGUCAGCGGUUCUUUAAUCUAUCCAAGUUAAUCAUGUGGUAGUCAUAAUAAUAAUUUACAGCCUUCAUGCAAAGCCUUCUCAAGCCACAUGAGGCAUGGCAGUUGCUUUGUCCAUACUUCUGCGCACUGGUCAGUGUAGGUUGGUGGAGGAGGGUUCGGAGAUAAUCGGCCACUGAUGUUAGCCGUGGUUCUGAAUUAAACAAAGGUCUCUGAAUUCCAGCAAAUGCUAAUUACAAUCACCUUUAUUUUACCAGGGCCAACAGAUUCCUCAGCCAGUGUCUGCAGCUGCUUGGUGGAGGGGCAUCAGGGAGAGACAGGAGCAGCCAUGCCACAGACUAAGUUGGUGUUUCUCCUGGCCAUGUGGGCAUCGAAUGCCAUGGCCACGGAGCUGCUGAACAUUUGCAUGGACGCCAAGCACCACAAGACCAAGCCGGGGCCCGAGGGGUUACUUUACGGACAGUGUGAACCAUGGAAGGACAACGCAUGUUGCAAUGCCAACACUACAGAACAAGCUCAUGAGGAUCAAUCGUAUCUGUACAACUUCAACUGGAACCACUGCUGGUCUCUGGGCCAGCCUAAACUGUCGGAUAAAUGCAAGAAGCACUUUGUGCAGGACACCUGUUUGUACGAGUGCUCGCCAAAUCUGGGACCCUGGAUCCAGAAGACUGACAGCAGCUGGAGAAAGGAGAGAAUCUUAAAUGUUCCACUCUGCAAAAGUGACUGCCAGAGUUGGUGGAAUGACUGUCGAAAUGACUACACCUGCAAGGAAAACUGGCACAGCGGUUGGGAAUGGAUAAAUGGUACCAACCUUUGCCCACCUGAUUCCCAGUGCCAGAUGUUCGGCGUGAUCUUCCCCACACCAAAGGACCUGUGCGAGCGCAUCUGGAGCAGCUCCUAUAAGUACACGGAGGACGAUCGUGGGAGUGAUCGCUGUAUCCAGAUGUGGUUCACCGAUAAAAACCCGAACGUGGAGGUGGCUCGUUAUUACGCCAGCCAAAUGGGCAACGCCGGUCGUGAUCGCCCAAACAUCGCGGUGACGCUCUCACUCACUCUCGUCGCCACCCUGGUGCAUCAAGGCUGUGCGAAUUAAAAUUUCAUUUCAACAAAUUCGGGUUUGGUAGAAGAUGGGAAAGGUUGCAACCUCCCCCACGUUGUGUUUUCGGGUUGUUACUGCGCGUUCUACGGCGUGAUGUCUGAUGUUUCGCCGCACGUGCUGGGUGGGAGCUUUGUCAGGGGCUGAAUAGUGCAGGAACUGAAAUCAAUUCGAUGUCGGGCAUCGCGCCCAACAAAGAUGAUGCGGAACAACCCACACACACAGUGGAGAGCUACAAUACAGUAUUCCCUCGUUAUCCGCGAGGGAUACGUUCCGGAGAUGCUCGUGAAUAGCAAAUUUCGCGGAUAAUUAUACCUUAAAUAAAUAGAUGAAAAUUAUCUCAUCACUUUAUCUCAUCACUUUCUCGGUGUAGUCGUGUAGAGUUCCAGAUAAGAUUCACGGAUAGCCAAAAUCACGGAUAGUAAGUUCGUGAAUAACGGGGGGAAAACUGUACAGCAUACCUGCAAAAACCUAUGCAGUCGCAAGAGAAAGAUACAAUUAUAUGGUGUGCUGGUUGUGCUCAGUGCGUUAUUGAAUGAAAUCAAUGGGUGUUAAUCAUACAUUCGCACCUCCGAUUAGCACGCUUGACUACGUACGGUGCGAAAGAAGUUCAACAUACAGUCCGAAGAACACCGCGUUAUAUUAUAUUGUAAAGCACGGUAGGCAAAAACACGUGAGGUAUGCAGACUGAAAAAGACGGAGGCACGUGGGUAGCAUCCUGCCUUGUGACGCUACGCCGAGGCGACGUUCUGAUCGCGUUAUAUCAAAUUUGCGUUAUAUCAAAUUCGCGUUAUUUGAACACGUGGCGUUAUAGAAGAGGCCGGACAUAAAUACUUUGUGUUUGGCUACAGUUUGUAAUUUGCUGAAGCGUGAUUUGAUUUGCAGUAUUAUAAAAAUGGAGGUUAAGCAUGUGGUUAAUAAUUUCAUGACACAUUAAUGCAUCGGAUGACGUAACCUAAUGUUUUAUUUUAUGGUUUAGGUUAAGUUAAAAUAGCAGGCAGAUUCAUUCACUCGCCUAAAAUAUUACUGCAAUAGUACCACCGUUUGCCACUGUUGUAAUUGGAUUUACACGAAUAUAUGUCCGGUGAAUAGUUUUCUAUGAAAGUGCCUGUAGAUAGAAAUCUACAAAACAAUGUAAUUCUAUAGUUUGUAUUAAACAGAGAUGAAUUUGAAUGAGCAAAUGUAACAUUCUUCGAUGAAGUAAUGAAACUGGAAUACUUUGUAAAAGUGUAUUGUGUCAAGGUUUGUAAAGGGGUACAGUGAGAAAAAAAUCAGUUUGUCGUGAGUAGAAACUAAAAUCGUCGAUGGAAUUAUUUGUACGAAUGUAGUGGCGUAGCAUUCGCUACUUCUCUACCGUCAUCCACCGCACCACCACAGCGUGGCACAGCACUUAUGUUCACGAUCGGUUGUUUUUUACUCAGGUUUCGUCGAUUGUUUUCUGAAAAAGUAACCAGUGGUUUGUUUAAUCCACGAAUGAGUACGCGUUUUUUUAUUCUGCGUGUAUUGCGAUUUUUUUAUUAUUAUUAUAUGUAAUCGCACGUACGUUCAAUUGUUCAUCCAUACUGUAGGUAAACGUGUUCACGUGAUGACCCUGCAGUCAUUAGAGGCCACUACCGUUCACCAUCAUGCCAACACAUUCGAUUUGAGACCAAAUUGUUGCAAUUCACCGAAUAACGCAAUGGGGUGGGGAGAGGACGCGGAAUGGUUACUUACCAAGUAUUUAUCGUCGGAUUACAAUACUGCGUAGUAAUUUACAGCCUCACAACUGAACAAAAACUCUUUUUUUGAGGGCCUUGCUUGUUAUACAUUACCCGUGCCAACACUGAAAUUAGUGACAGCGGCUCCUUUCUUCAAAUGCAAUAAAAUUAUCAAAGGUGAAA